AUGCCUCGCCUUCAACCAGCAGAUAUCAAUAACAAUACAUUUGACUUUAUCAUUGUGGGUGUGCUUGAAGCAGGCAUAACCACACAGGAGGAGCUUUUGGAGGCUCAAGUUCCUUUACUGAACAGCAAAAUGAAAAACACCCAUGUUGACUGGAAACUUCAAUCAGUUCCCCAGACUAACGCUUCGAACAGAAGCAUAGGCGUUCCCUUAGGGAAGCUAUUAGGAGGAUCAAGUGCUUUUAAUGCUUGCUUAUACCACAGAUGCUCACCGUCUGACUAUGAUGCGUGGAAUGAGAAAGAGUGGACAUAUAAAAUUUUGCAGCCUUAUUUUCGUAAAGCAGAGACUUUUCAUGACGAUAAACACCCUGUCCCAGAAGAAAUCUAUGGUACGUCAGGACCUUUCCAUGUUAUGCAAGCAAAUUACGACACAGAACUCGGAAACAGCUUCAGAAAAGCUUGUCAAAAAAAUGGAAUACCCGAGUAUUAUGAUAUGACAGAUAUGCCUUGUCAAAUUGGUGUAACAGGGUUGCAGGCAGCUAUUUACGAUGGACGACGUAUUUCAGCUGGCUCAAGCUAUCUACCUCCUGAACUUCAACAGGAACGUGCCAACCUGUUCAUCGGUUUGGGAUGUAAAGUCCAUCGUAUUAUUCUAAAUGAAGCCAAAGUAGUUACGCAUGUGGAAUACAGUGCAGUUGAUGGUGAGGGAAGGGACUCGCUUUAUCGUGCUGCUGUGUCUCGCGAAGUUAUUCUCACUGCUGGGGCUAUUCUUUCUCCUUAUCUUUUGUUAUCCAGCGGAAUUGGUCCAAAGUCGGAGUUGACAAAGGCUAACGUAGAAACAAUAGUCGAUCUACCUGGCGUGGGCAAGAAUCUACAAAAUCAUUGGCGUGUGCCUCUUGUUCAUGAAACCACCAAACCCGAAAUGUCCCUUCAUCGUGAUCUGUUUCAAAGGGAAAAGGAGACUCUUGCUCAAGCUCUUAAUGAAAAGACUGGAACAUACACGCGAUUAUGGCCUGAUGCUGUAGCGUAUAUGAAAAUACCUGACACGCCCGAUAAUAGUAGUAGUGCUGACAAUACGCCUCAAAUAGAAUUGUUUGCGGGCGGCUUGGCUUUAUGUCGCGACUUACCUCGAUUAAAGGGAAGUGAUUGUGCCACUCUGUUGAUGGUUUACGUCGCUCCAUUUUCCACUGGCUCUAUCACACUAAGCAAGGAGAAGGAGUUACAGAUUGAUUUAGGUUUAUUGAAGGAUGAUAGAGAUCUUGAAUGUCUGGAAAAGGGACUAUCUCUCUCCCUGAAAAUCGCAAACGAAAGCGAAUAUAAGGAUAGUUGUGUAAAGCGUUGGUUGAUUUACCCUCAAAAUGAAAGAGAUAUCCGUCAAUUCAUUUUAGAUAAUGUUGAGACGCUUCAUCAUUAUGCUGGCACUUGCAAAAUGGGUCCUGAGAAAGAUAAAUCUACAGUGGUAGAUAAUCAUUUAAGGGUUCACGGCACUCGUGGUCUCCGCGUAGCUGAUGCAUCAUUUUUCCCAAUUGUUCCCGCUGGCCAAAUUUGCUUCCCCAUUAUAGCAUGUGCUGAAAGAGCAGCUGACUUGAUAUUGAACGAUAACAAAAAUUGCUGA